GCCCGGGUACGCUCAGCGAGGACCGCGACGCUCUCGCUCUUUCAUCCGUUUUGCCGCUCCUUCUCGCCAUUCCUUUCUUUCUUUCCCUGACCCAAGAUGGUUGCAGCCGGGCUGCUUGCUUUCUCUUUCAUUGCCCUCGCGCUGGGCGCGCCGACCUGGGACGCGCUUCAUGUUCACGAUGCGCGUUCAACUGCGCCAGCAGGUUACAAGGCGAGCGGCGCUCCCGAUCCGAACGAAGUGCUGAACUUGCGCAUCGCGCUCAAGAAGGACAACACACCGCUGGUGCAGAAGCUCUUGGAUGUUAGUACGCCAGGCAGCAAGAACUACCGCAAGUUCCUCACUAAAGCUCAGGUCGCGGCGCUCACCGCACCUAGCGAUGGUGGCGUAAAGGCGAUCAAUGCAUGGCUACAAAAGAAUGGCGUGAAGGCAACUCCCGGCGCAACGAAUCAGUGGUUGAAUAUCGAGUUGCCUGUGUCCAAGGCGAACGCUCUGCUUGACGCGGACUUCACGGUGUACAAAAACCCAACCACGGGGGUCACCGCAAUCCGCACACUCGCGUACUCAGUUCCGGCCAGCGUGCAGCCAUAUCUGGACUUCAUCUACCCAGCUACUGCGUUCCCAGUACAGGCGAAGAAGGGCAUUUCAAGCGUGCACGUCUCCGGCACGUUCCACAAUUCUACGCAUGUCGCGCGGGCGGAUGCCUCUUGCGCCACUGCCAUUACACCAACGUGUCUCCAGCAAUUCUACAAUGUCCCGACCGACCCUGCGACGCAGACUUCGAGCACGAUGGCCGUCAGCAGCUUCGUGAAUUCAUUCGCGGCCACCAGCGAUCUGUCGGGGUUCCUCACGCAGUUCCGCCCCGACAUUCCAAGCAGCACUUCGUUCAGCGUCACGUCUGUAGACGGCGGUUCGAACGACGAAACCCAGCCUAGCACUGAAGGAAGCUUGGACAUCCAGUACACCGUGGGCAUUGCGACUGACGUGCCGACCACCUUUUUCACUGUCGGCACCCAGAAUGAUGGCGAUGUGACCGGUUUCCUGGAUCUCGUCAACAACCUCAUCGCCCUGGACAGCCCGCCGUCCGUCUUCACGACUAGUUUCGGUUUCCCCGAAGAGCUGGUUGACCCGGGUUUAGCCAACAAUAUCUGCAACGCGUAUGCCCAACUUGGUGCGCGCGGGACGUCUAUCUUCUUUUCUUCCGGAGACAGCGGCGUAGACGAUGGCCAGGGCGGCAGCUGUACGACCUUCCGCCCCACCUUCCCUUCGGGCUGCCCCUUCGUCACCGUCGUCGGUGCCACCCAAGGAGUCCCGCCCGAGUCCGCGGCCGACUUCUCCUCCGGCGGCUUCUCCAACGUCUUCGCGGUGCCCGACUAUCAGAGCGGCGCGGUCUCGGGCUACCUGGGCAAGCUCGGGUCCACCAACGCGGGCCUCUUCAACACAAGCGGCCGCGGCUACCCCGACAUCUCCGCUGCGGGCGUCAGCUACCAGGUGAACAUCGGCGGCACCGUCACGGACGUGUCGGGCACUAGCGCGAGCACCCCGUUCGUUGCGAGCACGGUCGCGCUCCUGAACGACAGGCUCGUCGCAGCGGGCAAGGCCCCGAUGGGCUUCCUCAACCCGUUCUUGUAUUCCACUGGCGCGAGCGCGUUCACGGACAUCACUACCGGUAACAACCCCGGAUGUGGCACCGAUGGGUUCCCUGCCAACGAAGGAUGGGAUCCUGUCACCGGUCUGGGCACGCCCGACUUCAACAAGCUCUUGACCGCUGCGGGCCUCUGAUCAUAUCCCGAGGCUUCUGUUGAUUUUUUCCCUUAUCUAUUUCUGCAUCUGUAUCUCGGAUCUUGCGGACAGCUGUAUCGGUACUCAAUAUCAAACGGGCGGAAAUGCGUCGGCUCCGAUCAGGCAAAUUCGUCGAACCCUCAGCGACGAGAAUCAAGCACAGUGAGGGUCGUCGAUAAGACGCGGCAGCUAUUCGCAGUUUCAUUCACUACAUCGCGCGAGCCUCAGUGCGACGUUGGUGGCCUCAAUUGACGAUCUCGAGGUAAUCACCACCUUGAAGUCAUGCAUUGCUCCGGAGCUGUCCACUGCUACAGCCCCGGUGCCUUGCCAUUCCAGCCAUUCCCCUCCUCGGACGCCGAAAGAGGACGCUGAGUAGAGCGAAACGGUUUACCCCUACAUAACUUGCAUAUGUCAUGAUUUCCGUAGCCGAUGACAGGGGCCGUGAGCAUGCGGCUGUGCACGUUGAUCUAGCGAUUUUCCCGACUCCGCGUCUUGGACGACUUGGGGACUUGUCAGAUAUGUACGCUUCACCAUCGGACGCGACUCUGUGCUACCUCACCACAUAGGGGCUUCAAGAGAGCUCAGUCUAGUACCUUCCGCCUAUAUAAGAGACAUCCACGCGUUCCGAUAGGACAAGAUCUCUAUCGGGGCGCGCCUUUGAUUACCUUUACGACCCAUCCCUGGUUCCUAUGAACCGGGUGGACUGCGCCCGCUGAUAUCUCGAUAGGUAGAUGAGGGCGACAUCAAUGAGCGUACAGCAUGCGCGGAAAAGUUGGCAAAACGGGAGUAAUAAGUACGGCUAUGCCGCCACCGGCCUGCCAAAUGACAGCCACAGCCUGGACGUCCGACGCUACGCGCACGACGUCCAACUGCCGUGGGCCAUGCUCCCUUUAGCCGGUGCGAUCUAGGGUACUUAAGCCAGGACCACGCACAUUCAUGUUGUACUCCAUAUCACAUCACGUCCGCGGACAGCGACGCAUCCGUCUGCUCACCUCCCUUUCUUUUCCUUCUCUCCCGUUCUUCUUUCCCCUUCCGCUUCCUAGGUCACGAUGGUGCCUUCUUCUCUUCUCAAGUUUGCUCCACUCGUGACGGCAGGAGCCGCCCUCGGCCAAAGCUUCAGCUUCAAGGCCCACGGCACCGGGUACAAGUCCGCGUACGGGUCGCUCGCGCCCGACAACGUCGGCGUGUCGACCUCCAACGACCUCCUGUACACCGUCGAGAUCACGCUCGGGGGCCAAAACUUCACCGUCCAGCUCGACACCGGCUCGUCUGACCUGUGGCUGAACACCGCCGGGCGCGCCGUCCAGCUAACGAACGCUACCGAUCUGGCGGCCGAGGAGGCGUACGGGAGCGGCCAGGCCGCGGGCAGCAUCGCGUUCGCCGAGCUGCGAAUCGGAGACUUCACACUCCCCUCGCAGGCGUUCUUGAACGCCACCGCCAUCCAGGACAUGGACCUGUCGGAGAUGGACGGGAUCAUGGGCAUGGCCUUCGACGUCGCGUCCAUCUACGGCAUCGUGCAGAAGGCGUGGGGCACGGCGGCAGCGGACGCGCUCGCGCGCGCGCCCAUGACCGCGCUCUUCGCGCAGGACCCCGCGCUGCCCGACUUCUUCGACGUGCAGCUCGGGCGCACGACAGAGCUCGACGACGUCGCCGACGGCACGUUCCUCAUCUCGGCGCACGCGGCCGGGUUCGAGGACGUCGCGGACGCGCCGCGGCUGCCGCGCGUCGCCCCGGAGCACUGGGGCGUCGUGCUCGACGCGAUGGUCGUCGACGGCGAGAGCUUCGCGUUCAACGCCUCCCGGAUCAAGGGCGUCCCCGCGGGCAAGGUCGUCGCCGUGCUGGACACCGGGUUCUCGUUCCCGCCGUUGCCCGCGCCUGCCGUGGACGCCAUCUAUGGGGGCAUCCCGGGCGCGGUGUAUGAUGAGUCCUCGGCGGCGUGGCUUGUGCCCUGCAACGGCAGCACGAACCUCACCUUCGUCUUCGGGUGCGUCGCUGGCCUGCGUUCGCUGACGUACACCAGACACUGAUUGCGGGCGCGCGUGCGUGUGUCAGUGGCCAGGAGUUCCCCGUGCACCCGUUGGACCUCACCUUCCCCGUCGCGGUGACGCUCCCCGUGAACGGCGUGGACACGAACGUGACGGCGUGCCUGGGCACGUACCAGUACCUCACGCUGGACCCGAGCAGCUUCGUGGGGUUCGACAUCAUCCUCGGCGAUGCGUUCCUGCGCAGCGUGUACGCCUCGUUCAACUACGGCGACUGGGACCCGAUGCAGAACACGGACGGCACGCCGUACGUGCAGAUGCUCGCGACGACGGACCCCGCGACGAUGUGGGACGAGUUCCAGACGGAGCGCGCGGCGACGCUCGCGCAGCUGCCGCCCGCGCUGGACCCCUCGCUGCUCGUGCAGUACGAGCAACAGGCGGCGGCGGCGUCGUCCACGCAGUCCACCGCGGACCCGAGCUCUCCCACGGACAGCUCGUCGGGCGGGACGCAGGGCGAGCACGACGAGCUCGCGAAGCUCGAGGGGGCGGUCUCGAGCGACCCGUCGUCUGGAGACGGCAGCGGGGACAGCUGGGGGAAGAAGUACGAGACGCUCGCGCUGGGGCUGCUGGGGGCGAACCUGCUCGUCGGGGUGGUGCUGCUGGGGGUGACGGUGACGAUGUGUGUGCGGGGGAUGAAGGGCCGGAGUGCGGGGUCGCGGUACACGCCUGUGCGCUUCAAGGACGGCGGGGAGGACUAUGAGCGGGGGGCGAUGGGGCGGUACAGCGAUUGAGCGUUGGUGUGUAGUGUAUAGCAGACAUGCUCAGCUGUGUGUAACUUGACUUAUUCUUCUCGCGAAUCG